AUGGCUGAAUAUGAAUAUAACUCUAUCAAAAUGCCGCAUCAGUAUGGGUUGCCCAUGUUGGGCAUACAAACUCCCCCUUCGCCGCCUAAUCACUACGAAAGAUAUGCACCGGUACCGCUUCGGCAUCAGGAAGAUCGAAGGCUCACGCGGGAAGCCAUGGAAAAAUAUUUGCGAGAAAGAAGUGAUAUGGUUAUCGUUAUAUUACACGCUAAAGUUGCUCAGAAAUCUUAUGGAAACGAAAAACGGUUUUUUUGUCCACCGCCCUGCAUUUAUCUAUACGGGGAUGGUUGGAGAUUGAGACACGAACAAUUAUUGCGGGAAGGUGAGUCCGAUCAAUCGGCUCAAUUGUGCGCGUUUAUAGGAAUCGGUAAUUCAGAUCAAGAUAUGCAACAACUUGAUUUAAAUAAUGGAAAGCAAUAUUGUGCGGCAAAAACUUUAUACAUAUCUGAUUCUGAUAAACGUAAACAUUUUAUGCUUUCUGUGAAAAUGUUUUAUGGCAGUGGUCAUGACAUUGGUGUGUUUCAAAGCAAACGCAUAAAAGUUAUAUCGAAACCCUCGAAAAAAAAGCAAUCAUUAAAAAAUGCCGAUUUGUGUAUUGCAAGUGGUACUAAAGUUGCAUUAUUUAAUAGGUUAAGAUCACAGACAGUAAGUACUAGGUAUCUCCAUGUGGAAAAUGGUAACUUUCAUGCUAGUUCGACACAGUGGGGAGCAUUCACAAUACAUUUAUUAGAUGAUAAUGAAUCAGAGUCUGAAGAAUUUGCUGUGAGAGAAGGCUACGUUCACUAUGGUAGUACGGUUAAGCUAGUUUGUAGUGUGACAGGUAUGGCUUUGCCUCGUUUGAUAAUAAGAAAAGUCGAUAGGCAAAUGGCUCUCUUGGAAGCUGAUGAUCCUGUUUCCCAAUUGCAUAAAUGUGCAUUUUAUAUGAAAGACACGGAAAGGAUGUACCUUUGUUUAUCUCAGGAAAGAAUAAUACAAUUUCAAGCGACGCCUUGUCCAAAGGAAGCAAAUAAAGAAAUGAUCAACGACGGAGCUUGCUGGACAAUAAUAAGUACGGACAAAGCAGAAUAUAGGUUUUACGAAGGUAUGGGCCCCGUGCGAUCUCCAGUAACUCCCGUUCCUGUUGUUCACAGCCUGCAUUUAAACGGCGGUGGAGAAGUAGCCAUGUUAGAACUCACUGGUGAAAAUUUCACCCCGUGUUUACAAGUUUGGUUCGGUGACGUAGAAGCGGAAACGAUGUACAGGUGUCAAGAAAGCAUGCUUUGCGUCGUUCCCGAAAUAUCUAGUUUUAGAGGGGAAUGGCUUUGGGGUAGACAACCGACUCAAGUCCUCGUUUCCCUAGUUAGAAACGACGGUAUAAUAUACGCAACAGGUUUAACAUUUACGUACACUCCGGAACCUGGUCCGAGACCUCACUGUCCUCCCGCCGAAGACAUAAUGAGAACUCCCAGGUACCCACCCAUAUCAGAUAUACCCUGGAAUCAUCACACUCCUCCUGCAGGAAUGUGA